AUGAUCACAUCUAGAAUAUUAAGAGCCCCAUUUGUUCAAAAAACUCUAAGCUCAAAGGCCGCUAUUGCAGACUACCUGGCAACUCCCUCUUGGGCAUCAUCCCAACUUUUUGCAACUAAAACAAUCGCCCAACAAGACUCUUUAACUUCUCCAGAAUCAACACCUGAAAAUGAACCAGUCCUUGAUUCAAAACUUGUCGCUAAACUCGUCCGUCAAGCUGGCCUUCCUCCUGUCCCUGAAGGUUCAGCUCGUGAACAAGCCAUCCUCGCAGACCUUCGCUCACAACUUGUUUUCGUAGAUCAUAUCUGUGAAGUCGAAACACAAAACUUGACCCCCCUAGUUCGUCUCGGAGAUCCAGUCAUUAAGCUCUCAUUUGAAAAUAUGGCCACUCCUAUCAAACCUAACCAAUCAAAGUGGGUUCCAACAAGCCUAGCUUCCGAGAAAAACGCUUCCUUCUACGUUCUAAAAGAAGGCCUUCGUCAUGAAGAUUAA